AUAUGGCCGACAGACGCGAACCGAUCCCGGUUGACCCGGUCGAUGUCGGAGAACUAAGCGAACUUGACAAUUUGGCUCAUUUGGCCGCUCAUGGUGGAGAUGGUCGUUUGUUCAAAAUGGAGCAGGACUACUCGAAACAAGUCGACGAAGCACUUCUGAAAGCCCGAGAUAUCGCUCAAAAGGACGCUGUUGCUGCUGUAGAGAGUCUGAACAACAUCGAAAAGCUCACUCGUCUUGGAGCUGACAUGAAGAGCAAUACACGCGUUGUUCAAUAUAUGACGAAGCUUUGUUUCGAAGGGCAGAAAUGGGAUCUUCUUAUGGAAACAAUCAUGACGCUUUCAAAGAAAAGACUUCUCAUCAAAAUGGCUAUCGCAAAGAUGGUCCGUGAUGCUGUCGCAAUGAUUGACAAAAUGCCAACCGAGGACCUCAAGAUGAAGCUUAUUGAAACUCUUCGCACUGUUACAGCUGGAAAGAUCUAUGUGGAAGUGGAACGUGCUCGCCUCACCUCGAUGGUUGUGAAGAAGUUGGAGAGAGAGGGAAAGCUUGACGAAGCUGCAACCAUGCUUCUUGAACUUCAAGUGGAAACAUAUGGCUCCAUGGAAAUGCGAGAGAAGGUGCAAUACCUUCUCGAGCAAAUGAGAUAUUCUCUCGUUCGUAAUGAUUUUGUGCGAGCCACUAUUAUCUCUAAGAAAAUCAAUAUCAAGUUCUUCAACAAGUCAGACGAAGAUGAAGUACAGAACCUGAAGCUGAAAUACUACGAUUCGAUGAUCCGUAUCGGACUUCACGAUGGAAACUAUCUGGACGUGUGCCGUCAUCAUCGUGAAAUUUAUGAGACGAAAAAGAUUAAAGCUGAUUCAGCCAAGGCGACCUCACAUCUUCGUUCUGCCAUUGUCUACUGUCUUUUGGCUCCGCACACAAACGAGCAAUGGGAUCUCCUCAACCGAAUUGCCAUUCAAAGAGAAUUGGAAACCGUUCCAGACUACAAGAUCAUUCUGGAUCUUUUCAUCAACCAAGAACUCAUUUCUUUCAAAGGAACCAUUGUCGCAAAGUACGAGAAGCUUUUAAGACGUGGAACAACUAGCUCACCAGACACCGGAAUUUUCGACAAAUCAACUGAAGGAGAGAAGCGGUGGUCUGAUUUGCACCUUCGUGUUGGAGAGCACAACAUGCGUAUGAUUGCCAAGUACUAUACUCAAAUCACUUUCGAACGUCUCGCUGAGCUCCUCGACUUCCCAGUUGAUGAAAUGGAAUCAUUUGUGUGUAACCUCAUUGUUACCGGUCAGAUCACCGGAGCAAAACUUCAUCGCCCUUCCCGUAUUGUCAAUCUUCGUUUGAAAAAGGCAAAUGUUGAGCAAUUGGAUGUAUGGGCGAGCAACGUGCACAAACUGACGGAUACAUUGAACAAAGUUUCCCAUCUCAUUCUGAAAGAGCAAAUGGUUCACAAGAACUUGGAUCUCGCGGCCCCACGGGCAUAAAUUUAACCACUUUUUUGUGUAUAAUUCCGCCAUCAUGUGUAUUUUUCUUAUUGAUGUUCGCCCUCCCCAAUUUCUUCUUUUUCGUGCACCUUCUCCGGUUUUAUCAUUAAUUUAUUAAUACUGUCGAUCGAUUUCAUCCUUUCACUCUUCGGUUUGAUAGUAAACGUAUACGUGCUC